AUGAGGCGUUCCGAGUCAUCACAGCGUCGUCGGCCAUGGCACCACUCUUUAAACCCGCUCAAAUGGGGCGACAUACCUCCUGUACCGGCCGAGAGAGCAAUAUCCGGCGAGUACAAAGCCAACUGGCUGAGCCAGAUGACGUUCCAAUGGAUGACCACCAUCAUGAGCGUGGGGUAUCGGCGUCCGCUGGAGCUGAACGACAUAUGGCUGGUCAAUCCAGAUCGCCAGAUUGAUCUGCUGGCAGAUCGAUUCUACGCAGCUUUCAAACAGCAGAUCAGCCAGGGGGCCACGAACCCCCUCCUCAUGGCCCUCCACGACACCUUCAAGCACGAAUUCUGGCUCGGGGCCAUCUGCGUCCUCUGUUCUUCAAUCUGCCAGGUUAUGACACCUUUCACCUUGCGGUUCCUGAUUCAGUGGGUCACCGCCUCAUAUUCAUCUCAGGGGGCGGAUGAACAGAUCCACGGCUUCGGGAGGCAAAUUGGUCUGGUCUUCGCAAUCAUGGGCAUGCAGCUGAUACAGAGUGUGGGCACAAACCAGUUCAUAUACCGCGGGUUCAUGGUCGGCGCACAAGCUCGCGGUGUCCUGAUAUCUGCCAUUUUUGAAAAGACUCUGAGGAUCUCAGGCAAGGCACGGGCUGGAACCGCCCCUGUUGGAGAUGAAACGGAAAAGGCAGCUGACAAGAAGGCUGAGUCGAAGAAAGCAACAGAUGAAGUAGGCUGGCCCAACGGCCGAGUGAUGAACAUGAUGUCCACCGAUACGUCCCGCAUUGAACUGGCCUGUGGCAUGUUUCAUCUCAUUUGGGUCUCACCAGUGACAAUCUUCCUCGCUCUGGCCCUUCUACUCAUCAACAUGACCUACUCCGCAUUGGCUGGCUUCGGGUUGCUGUUUAUUGGUAUUCCCUUGCUCACAAUUACAAUGAAGAUCCUCAUCAAGAGACGGCGCGAGAUCAACAAAGUCACAGACGCCCGGAUCUCAUUAACCCAGGAAAUCAUGAGAUCGGUGCGGUUCGUAAAGUACUACGGAUGGGAAAAGGCAUUCUUGGAAACUCUUCGCACCUGCAGAAAGAAUGAAGUCGCCAUGAUCCAGAAACUGAUGGCCCUGCGAAACGCUAUGAACGCUGUUUCGGUUUCUCUUCCCAUCUUUGCAUCCAUGCUCUCAUUCAUCGUGUAUUCUGUAUCUGGUCACGAGCUUACGGCGUCUCUGGUCUUUUCUUCUCUGUCAAUCUUCAACGCGCUGCGGGUCCCCUUCAAUCUUCUACCCGUGGUCAUCGGCCAACUGACCGAUGCCUGGGCAUCAAUGCGCCGUCUUCAAGAUUAUCUGUUGGCAGAAGACCAGCGGGAGGACUUUAUCUGGGAUCCAGAUGCAGACUUGGCGAUUGAUGCGCAGCAGGCAACCUUCGUUUGGGAGCAAGCCUGCGCUCCAGCUCAAGGCCAGGAUGACAAGCAGUCGAGCAAAAAAGAGAAAACGCGGGCGCGAGCAGAGGAUGACGAGGAAUCGAAGGUGACAUCCAGCUCUGCGGAGUCCUCAGUCCCAUUUACCUUGAACAACAUCGACCUUUCCAUCGGCCGCUCGGAGCUUGUUGCUGUGAUAGGUACAGUAGGCUCCGGGAAAAGCUCCUUACUCUCUGCCCUCGCUGGGGAGAUGCGCAAGACCAGCGGUCAGAUUACCAUGGGAGACAGCAGAGCCUUUUGUCCACAGUAUGCGUGGAUACAAAACGCAACUGUCAGAGAUAAUAUACUGUUUGGAAAAGACAUGGAUCGUGAAUGGUACGACCAAGUGAUUCAGGCCUGUGCUCUGCAGGCAGAUUUGGACAUGCUACCUGCAGGCGAUGAAACUGAGAUCGGAGAACGUGGCAUCACAUUGAGUGGAGGCCAGAGACAGCGCCUAAACAUUGCCAGAGCGAUCUACUUUGAUAGCCGCAUCAUCCUGCUAGACGACCCGCUUUCUGCGGUAGAUGCCCACGUUGGACGGCAACUCUUUGAACAUGCUAUCUGUGGGCUGCUGCGAAACAAGUGCCGCAUCCUCGCUACGCAUCGACACGACAUUCUCCGUCGAUGCGAUAGAAUUCUCUGGCUGGAAAACGGGCGAAUAAGAGCCAACGAUACCUAUGAAAGCUUGGUUUCCAGCAACAAGGACUUUCAAGAGCUUUUGGCCUCAACCACUCGAGAAGAGACAGAGGAGAAAGAUGAACGGACACCCGCAGCUCAACAUCAGACGCAGUCAACCACCACAGAAAAGGCCUCCGAGCCGGCAUCUCUCAUCCAAGAAGAGGAUCGACCCGUUACCAGCGUGGGCUGGGUCGUCUACCUUGCUUAUAUCCGCGCAUCAGGAUCGAUUAUAUAUGGGAUCUUGCCACUUUUCCUGCUCGCAGUAGCCCAGGCAUCCAAUAUCCUCACCAACCUAUGGCUAUCAUACUGGACAGAUAAAAGAUUCAACCUGUCAAAAGGCCAGUACAUCGGCAUCUACAUCGGGCUGGGAGUCACUCAGGCGGUCCUCAUGUUUUCAUUCUCCCUGUCAGUAUCCAUCUUAGCUACCGGCGCAAGCCGGACGAUGAUGGGGCGCGCAUUAGCGGGGGUGCUCAGGGCUCCCAUGUCGUUCUUCGACACUACUCCCUUGGGCCGUAUCACAAACCGCUUCUCCAAGGAUGUUGAUACAAUGGAUAACGCCUUGGCAGAUGCGAUUCGCAUGUACAUGUACACGCUGGCGAUGAUACUAAGCGUUUUCAUUCUUCUCAUCUUCUAUUUCCACUACUUCGGCAUCGCUAUUGGCCCACUUUUGAUCCUUUUCCUGAUAGCCGCCGCCUACUACCGUUCCUCCGCGCGAGACAUGAAGCGCCACGAAGCCGUUCUCCGAUCAGCUGUAUUCGCGCGUUUCAGUGAAGCCAUCUCAGGAACUGCAAGCAUCCGCGCAUACGGAUUGCAGGACCACUUCACCUCUGUGCUCCGGCGAGCAAUUGACAACAUGAAUUCGGCAUACUACCUCACAUACAGCAACCAACGCUGGUUGAGCACCCGACUCGACGUGGUCUCAAUCAUCCUAGUGGCAACAACGGGCAUCCUAGUAGUCACCCUACGCAAUGUCGUUUCCCCAAGCAUUUCCGGUCUCAUCUUCUCCUACAUCUUAGCAAUCGUGCAAAUGAUCCAACUCCUCGUUAAGCAAUUCGCCGAGCUCGAAAACGCCAUGAAUGCUACCGAACGUAUCCACCACUACGGCACGAGUCUCGAACAAGAGGAACCCAACAUAUCCAACCCGCACUACCUCCAAGCAGUAACUGUCUUCUGGCCCGAACACGGCGCCAUCGACUUUGAGCACGUCGAAAUGCGAUACCGACCCAACCUCCCACUCGUCCUCCAAGGCCUAAAUCUCAGAAUCGCUGGAGGUGAGAAAAUUGGCAUCGUCGGCCGCACCGGGGCCGGGAAAUCCUCAAUCAUGUCCGCCCUCUUCCGCCUCACCGAACUCGCCAGCGGAACCAUCAGGAUCGACGGCGUCAACAUCGCCCGCAUAUCCUGCCAUGACCUCCGCUCCCACCUCUCCAUCAUCCCCCAAGACCCAACCCUCUUCCUCGGCACCGUACGCUCAAACCUCGACCCAUUCAACGAACACCCAGACCUCGAAUUAUGGUCCGCUCUCCGCCAAGUCGGCCUAAUCGAGGAAGAAGAAAACAGCAGCAGCAGCAACACAAGCCCAAACGACCAAUCCCGGAAUCAAAUUCAACUCGACACGCCCGUCGAAGAAGAAGGCCUCAACUUCUCCCUCGGCCAACGACAACUAAUGGCACUAGCCCGGGCUCUGAUUCGAGGCAGCCAGAUCGUCGUCUGCGACGAGGCUACCUCGUCCGUGGACUUGGAAACUGAUCGUCGCAUCCAGGAAACUAUCCGGACGAGCUUCAAAAGACAGACUUUGCUCUGUAUUGCGCAUCGUUUGCAGACGAUCAUUCGGUAUGAUCGAGUAUGUGUUAUGGAUAAGGGCAAGAUCGCGGAGCUGGACACGCCGUUGAAUCUGUGGGAGGCUGGGGGGAUAUUCCGGGGGAUGUGUGAUCAGAGUGGGAUUGUGAGGGAGGAUUUUAUUUGA